GGGUCCGGCCCGGAAGUGCAGCCGGCCCGGCGGGAGGUCCUCGGCGCCUCAGCGGGACGGGAGAGCGGUGAGCGGACGCUGCCGGUGCCGGAGCAGCGAAGCCGGGGCUGCCUGGGCCACCAAGAGGCCGGACCGGCGGGGCGCGGACUGUCCUGCCCGACUUGUGCGCAGAGCGGAGACACCCCGCCCCUUCCUCUCCCGCGGGCCCUGCACGGGAAGAUGGCGGCGGCGGCGGGAGGUGGCGGCGGCGGUGGCGCGGGGGCGGCGGGCCGGCCCGGGCUGUGAGAGCCGCGGCGGGACGGCAGGUGAGCGGCGGAGGAUGAGCCUGCUGUGCGCGCAGUAUCUCCGGCAGGCAGAAGUCCUGAAGGCUGACAUGACAGAUUCAAAGCUGGGUCCAGCAGAAGUCUGGACAUCCAGACAGGCUCUACAGGACUUAUAUCAAAAAAUGCUAGUGACUGAUUUGGAAUAUGCUUUAGAUAAAAAGGUGGAGCAGGACCUUUGGAAUCAUGCCUUUAAAAAUCAGAUCACAACACUCCAGGGUCAGGCGAAAAACAGAGCAAAUCCGAAUCGGAGCGAAGUUCAGGCGAACCUUUCUCUGUUUUUAGAGGCAGCUAGUGGCUUCUACACACAGUUAUUACAGGAGUUGUGCACAGUUUUUAAUGUAGACCUGCCGUGCCGUGUGAAAUCUUCCCAGCUGGGGAUCAUUAGCAAUAAACAGACGCACACCAGCGCCAUUGUAAAGCCGCAGUCCAGCUCCUGCUCCUACAUCUGCCAGCACUGCCUUGUCCACCUGGGAGAUAUUGCUCGCUAUAGGAAUCAGACCAGCCAGGCAGAGUCUUACUACAGACAUGCAGCUCAGCUUGUCCCUUCUAAUGGUCAGCCUUAUAAUCAAUUGGCUAUCCUAGCUUCCUCCAAAGGAGACCACUUGACCACAAUUUUCUACUACUGCAGAAGCAUUGCUGUGAAGUUUCCUUUCCCAGCUGCCUCCACUAACCUACAAAAAGCACUUUCUAAAGCACUGGAAAGUCGUGAUGAGGUGAAGACUCAAUGGAGUGUGUCUGACUUCAUCAAGGCCUUUAUUAAAUUUCAUGGCCAUGUGUACCUGAGUAAGAGCUUGGAGAAACUGAGCCCUCUUCGAGAAAAGCUGGAAGAACAGUUCAAGAAGCUGUUGUUCCAGAAGGCCUUCAACUCUCAGCAGUUAGUCCAUAUUACUGUGAUCAACCUAUUCCAACUCCACCACCUGCGAGACUUCAGCAACGAAACGGAGCAACACAGCUACAGCCAGGAUGAGCAGCUCUGCUGGACACAGCUCCUGUCUCUCUUCAUGUCAUUUCUUGGAGUUCUGUGCAAGUGUCCUUUACAAAAUGACUACCAGGACUCUGGGGCUUCAUAUCCUCUUCCAGCUGUGAAGGUUUCGAUGGACUGGCUGAAACUUAGGCCCAGUGUUUUCCAGGAGGCAGUGGUUGAUGAAAGACGGUACAUAUGGCCCUGGCUGAUCUCUCUUCUAAAUAGUUUCCAACCUCAUGAAGAAGAUCUAUCCAGUAAUAAUGCAACUCCCCUUCCAGAAGAAUUUGAGUUGCAAGGAUUCCUGGCUCUGAGGCCCUCAUUCAGGAACUUGGAUUUUUCCAAAGGCCACCAGGCAAUUACAGGGGAUAAAGAAGGGCAGCAACGUCGGAUACGUCAGCAGCGCCUGAUCUUCACAGGCAAAUGGAUUGCUGAUAACCAGCCAAGGUUGAUUCAAUGUGAAAAUGAGGUAGGAAAGCUCUUGUUUGUGACCGAAAUCCCAGAGCUCUUACUAGAGGACCCUAGUGAAGCCAAAGAGAGUCUCGCCUUACAGGAGACAUCCAUGACAGAGCUGCUGUGUGCUGAUGGGAGCCCUGGACUUAAAUCAGUGCUGUCCUCUGGCAGAAGCCUGAGCAACAGCUGUGAUGCAGGAGAAAAACCAAUGGUCACCUUCAAAGAGAAUAUCAAGCCCCGGGAGAUGAACAGAGAACAAGGGCGGAUCUACCCCCCAAAGGACAUGGCAAGGGAGAGACGGGACUUUAGCAAAGGAAUAGUAGCAAAUAAGAAUGAUGGGAAGAAGGAUAACAAUAAAAGAAAGAAUGAGACCAAGAAAUGUGGCCUGGAUAAGCUGCAGGAAGCAGGAAAGCAGAAUGUGGCAGUUCAGGUGAAAUCCCAGACAGAGAUGAGGAAGACUCCAGUAUCUGAAGCCAGGAAAACACCUGUAACUCAGACUCCAAGUCAGGCCAGCAGUUCCCAGUUCAUCCCUAUUCAUCACCCAGGAGCCUUCCCUCCCCUUCCUAGCCGGCCAGGAUUUCCUCCUCCAGCCUAUGUUGUCCCCCCUCCUGUGGCUUUCUCCAUGAGCACGGGGUACACCUUCCCAAGUGGUGUUUCUGUCCCAGGAACCUUCCUCCAGCCCACAGCUCACUCACCUACAGGAAACCAGGUGCAAGGUGGGAAACAGUCCCACAUUCCUUACAGCCAGCAACGGCCCUCUGGACCAGGGCCAAUGACCCAGGGACCUCAGCAAACACCACCUCCUUCCCAGCAACCCCUCUCAUCUUUACCAGCUCAGGCAGCAGCACAGUCCGCAAGCCAGUUACAGGUCCAAGCUCUGGCUCAGCAGCAGCAGUCCCCCACGAAAGUUGUCCAGGGCCUGGGGAAGAGCCCACCACACCACUCUGGAUUCCAGCAGUAUCCACAGACAGACUCAUCGAAGCAGCUGUGGAACCCCCCUCAAGUCCAAGGCUCCCUGGGGAAGAUCAUGUCUGUAAAGCAGCCCUAUUACCUGCAGGCCCAGGACCCUCUCAAACUCUUUGAACAGUCUUUACAGCCUCCUGUGAUGCAACAGCAGCCUCUGGAGAAAAAAAUGAAGCCUUUCCCAAUGGAGCCAUAUAACCAGAACCCCUCAGAAGUCAAGGUGCCAGAAUAUUACUGGGACUCUUCCUAUGGCAUGACUGACAACAGGGUGAUAACCCAGCAGUCGAAUAUGGACCGCAGGGGGAAGCGGCAGGGAGUCUUCUGCUCUGAGCAGGAUGCUGUCUCCAGGAUGACCUUCGAGGACCCCAAGAGCUCCCCUCUGCUUCCUCCGGACCUGUUAAAGAGUCUGGCUGCCUUGGAGGAGGAGGAAGAGCUGAUUUUCUCUAAUCCUCCUGAUCUUUACCCAGCUCUGCUGGGGCCUCUCGCCUCUCUUCCUGGACGAAGCCUCUUUAAGUCCCUGCUGGAAAAACCAUCAGAAUUGAUGUCUCAGUCAUCAUCUUUCCUGUCCCUCAGUGGCUUUUCUCUAAAUCAGGAAAGAUAUCCGAACAACAGCAUGUUUAAUGAGGUAUAUGGAAAAAACAUGAAUACCAGCACAAAAGCAGAAGUCACCCCUUCAGCUGCGCAUCAGGAGACUUCACUGUAUUCUCUCUUCGAAGGGACUCCAUGGUCUCCAUCCAUUCCAGCCAGCUCAGGUAAUCCUGAUCAUUCAACACCAGCCAGCCAGUCUCCUCACUCCUCCAACCCCAGCAGCUUGCCAAGCUCCCCUCCAACGCAUAACCACAAUUCUGUUCCUUUCUCCAACUUCGGACCCAUUGGGACUCCAGACAACAGAGACCGGAGAGUCACAGACCGCUGGAAAACAGAUAAGCCAGCAAUGGGAGGGUUUGGUCUGGACUAUCUCCCAACAACGUCAUCCUCUUCAGAGAGCAGCUGGCACCAGUCCAGUGCUCCCAGUGGUACCUGGGCAGUCCAAGGCCCUCCCGCCAUGGAGGACUCCUCAGCUGUGCUUAUGGAGAGCCUGAAGUCCAUCUGGUCCAGUUCCAUGAUGCACCCUGGCCCCUCAGCCCUGGAGCAGCUGUUGAUGCAGCAGAAGCAGAAGCAGCAGCGCGGACAAGGCGCCAUGAAUCAGCCGCAUUGAGGCAGAGGAGACAACCUUUACAACGACGGCUCCAUAAACCAUGGCAUGUUGGGUCUGUGGGACUGGCACACACAGUCCUGUGCAGGUGGCAGCCCUCUCUUCUGUUCUUGCUGUCAGGAGGGUGUAAGUGCUCCACCAACCCACUGAGUGUGCGCAAAACAUCUGCAGUGCAAGCAAACAACAUCAGGAAUUCUCCCAUCCCCCGGGUCCUUCGGAGGGAGAGAGGAACUGCUGUUUGGCUCACUCAGUAACCCAAUAUCACCGCCUCUCACCUUCUCCAUUGUGCAUGUCCCCAGCCACAUGGGAAGUAAAAUCUGAGAGCAAAGGGCAGAUGGGAGAAGCCAAUGAGAACUUCUCAAUCCUUUUUCUCUCUUUGGGGAGAUACAAUAGGAAUCCAUUAAUGAUUGCUUUGCUGACUGAGAAUGUAGUUGAAAUUACUCCUAAACAUCUUUAUUACUAUCUCAGUAGUAAGAUCACACUGAAUUCUGUACACACAUGUGCUUCAUAGUCAGUGUGUAGCAAUGAAAGCCCCAGUUGCUGCUCCUGUCACAGUGGCUGGUGAUGAGGUGGGGCUCUGUGUCCUGGACUAGCAAGGAGUUUCAUGAAAGAGUCUGGCAUUUGGCAUCGCUUCACCCAGAGGCUUUGAGUGGGUUUGAGACUCAAGCAUGAAAUGCCCUUCUCUCACUAGGUGUUUGAGCUAUAAGGGGUGACAUGGGGCAUCGCAGCACUCUGCUGAAAAGCGAGUUAACUGCUAUGGGGUUUUAAAUUAAUGUGUGAUUCCUGUACAUUUUACUGUAGCAUAGUGGCUAGCCUCACAAAGGGCAGGCUAGUCUGUGCAUUCACAGCCUGACUCAUUUUAAUAGGUAGGUAGAAAGCUUUCAGUGUUUUGUUUUGGUUUUGGUUUUUUUGGGGUUUUUUUUUGGUUUUGUUGUUGUGGGGGGUUUUUUUGUUUGUUUGUUUGGGUUUUUGUUUUUUUCUGUGUUUUGUUUGUUUGUUUAUUUUGGUGUUGUUUUUUCUCUUUCCAUCCUUCCAUCUUCACUGAACGCUUAUAGUUCCAUUACCAUGGCAGAAAAUAAUCAGGGGUCCAGCAGGGCUGGGUGAAUCUGACAGUCAGCCCAAAUAGCAUGGGGCAUCCGCACGCCCUGUGAGGCACGGGUUAGCUCUGCAGAAACCUGUCCCAGCUGCAGCCCCAGGCUUUCAGUGCCAGAAACAAAUCCAAGGCACCCAUGGACACACAGAAACAGCACAGUACUGUUCAUAGAUGAAAAGGUGCAGAAGGGAAAAGGAGAAAGACAUUUUAUUUGCUAUUUAUUAGGGGGAAGGAAGACUGGAAGUUUUGUUAAAGAAAAGGUCAGCGUUUUUGUUAGAUUUCCCAGGGAAGUUACAGAAACAGAUUCAAUGUCCAUUUGCUGUUUAUAGCAGUAGGGGUUUUUGUGAUGAUUCAGGAUCUCUGGGCUAGAAUUCAGCUGCAGAACAAAGCACAUGCAGGAGCUGAACUGACACUGGAGUCUGGGCAGCCCCAGAGAAUGCAAAAAGGGAAGGUGGAGGAGACACAAUACCCUCAAGGGUACAAGAAGCUCCCUACAAGCUCCACCUUAGCAACAUCACUGUUCUGUGUUGCAUUUCAAAGCUGUAUUUCCUUUAACAAGUCCAAAAAGUGAAGUUCCCACUUGGUGGUAAUCUAGCCCACCUUGUGUGUCCCUUCCAGCCCUCCCAGUGUGUGUCCAAGCUGUGCACCCAGGCAGCUGUGACAUUCCCAUGUUUGCAUCAUCACUGACUCUUGCACCCCAGACGAGCUAACCAGGAACACCAUCUCACUCCCAGCUGUGCCAGGUCCCAGCUGCACCGUUCCACAUGUGCAAAAGCACCCGGCCUUGGGAAUGCAUCUGACCCUGCCUGCCCUCCAGCACCUGGAAGAGCAUGGGAAGGGGCUCCCAACAGAAACUGGUUUGUGUUGUAAGCUUUUUGUGUUUUCUGUCUGUCUGUGCAAGAACUGCAGCUGCCGAAAUCAGCUUUGCCUUUAAUUAAACCAUGUUCUCUCCAUCCA